AACCAUAUCCCUAUGACCCCAUACCCAAUCGACUUGCCUUUCUAGCUCAAUCCUUCGGAAGUGCGACUCAACCCGUGCUCAACUCUACGUUAUUGUAGCCGAUGCGUGUAUUCGCAGUCUCGAACAAUUCUCAACUAAAACCAGUAAACCCUCCCCUCAUUUCUUCGUCCAAUUCCAGAAACCUUUCCUCUCUCCUCAAAUCUGAGCGACAAAGAUGCUGCGGAGCGCCAUAACCAAGGGCCUUUCACUGCGCUCAUCACAGUUGUCGUUCUCAAAUGGGUUGAUUUCUCAAAAAUGCCGAGCAUACAGCCUUAUUCCAAUGGUGAUUGAGCACUCUUCUCGAGGAGAGAGAGCCUAUGAUAUCUUCUCUCGUCUCCUUAAGGAGCGCAUCAUCUGCAUCAAUGGCCCCAUCGCCGAUGAUACUGCUCAUGUUGUGGUUGCUCAGCUUCUAUACCUUGAAUCUGAAAACCCCUCUAAGCCUAUUCACAUGUACCUCAAUUCACCCGGUGGCGCUGUUACUGCCGGUCUUGCAAUUUAUGAUACAAUGCAGUACAUCCGUUCUCCAAUCAAUACCAUUUGUUUAGGACAGGCUGCAUCGAUGGCUUCUCUUCUAUUGUCAGCGGGUACCAAGGGUGAGAGAAGGUCACUCCCAAACGCAACAGUUAUGAUCCAUCAGCCAUCUGGUGGUUACAGUGGGCAAGCAAAAGAUAUGACUAUUCACACAAAACAAAUUGUCCGUGUCUGGGAUUCAUUGAAUGCAUUGUACUCUAAGCAUACAGGGCAAUCUGUUGACAUUAUUCAAAAAUACAUGGAUAGAGAUUACUUUAUGACACCAGAAGAGGCUAAAGAAUUUGGGAUUAUAGAUGAAGUCAUUAAUGAGAGACCCAUAGCUUUGGUAAGUGAUGCUGUUGGUGCUGAAGACAAAGACAAAGGUUCAAAGAAGGAUACAUAGGUGAGAUGGUCAAUUGUGAGAGAAACGUUUCUUCUAACAUAGUAGAUGAAUAAUGGUUGAACAUCACUGUGGUAGAUGUUGAAGUUUGGAGAGCAGCUUUCGUUGAUUGUUGCUGAAUUGAGAUUUAUGCGUAUUGAUAAGCCCCGGAUAGAGCAAUCAUUGAACAUGGCAGGCGCUUAUACAUUUGUUGAAUACUUUCAGCUGUGUAUUUUUUGCCUUCUCCAUUUCAUUUUAUGGAACUUACAGUGUAUCUGUCACUCUGGAAGUGUUCUUGGAUGAUUCUUUUCAUAGUAACAUAGCCAUCAUUAUUCAUUACUGUC